UAAGCAGGUGGUCAUGUUCCGUGGGCGAAGUCAAUGGACAAGUAAACACCCAACACCAAACAACAAAGUAGGGGGCUUUUGUUGAAGAUUGUGCCCAGAAAAUUACUUGCCCUUUGCAUCACAUCACAUCUGUGUGAUAUCUUCACACGUAUAAAAUCUCACUGCUUUGCGUAUAAAAACAGUCCCAGAAUGCGGAGAUUCGCAAGCGGCAGACUCAGAAGCCUUCUCAUCCAUUCUUUUCAGCAAAAGCAUAUUCUUCGUCCACAUCACCCAAGCUCAUCGCUUUCUUCUUCUCUCCCACGUUUCUUGUCUUCCUCUACUCCAGUCCUAGAUUUCCCUCCUUCUUCUACUUCUUCCAUGGCUGACCCCUCUGCUUCCAAGCUCCCUGCCAAGCUCCCUGUCACUCUUCAGAACAUAAAUCCCAAGAUUUUGAAAUGUGAAUAUGCUGUCCGAGGUGAAAUUGUCACCCUUGCCCAGAGGUUACAAGAAGAAUUACUGGCUAAUCCAGGCUCUCAUCCCUUUGAUGAGAUACUUUACUGCAACAUUGGAAAUCCCCAGUCUCUUGGUCAGCAUCCAAUAACCUUUUUCCGAGAGGUUCUUGCAUUAUGUGACCAUCCAUCCAUCUUGGACAAAAGCGAAACACAGGGUCUAUUCAGUGCAGAUGCAAUAGAGCGGGCAUGGCAGAUUCUAGAUCAAAUUCCUGGAAGAGCAACUGGUGCAUACAGUCAUAGUCAGGGUAUCAAGGGUUUACGUGAUACAAUUGCUGCUGGAAUUGAAGCUCGUGACGGAUAUCCUGCUGAUCCAAAUGAUAUUUUCUUAACAGAUGGUGCAAGCCCUGCGGUCCAUAUGAUGAUGCAAUUGCUGAUAAGCUCAGAACAGGAUGGGAUUCUUUGUCCCAUUCCUCAAUACCCUUUGUACUCUGCUUCAAUUGCCCUCCACGGUGGUACACUGGUUCCUUACUUCCUUGAUGAGGCAUCAGGGUGGGGAUUGGAAACUUCUGAGUUGAAGAAGCAAUUGGAGGACGCAAGGUCCAAGGGUAUCAACCCAAGGGCCUUGGUUGUUAUAAAUCCAGGCAACCCAACAGGGCAGGUGCUUGCUGAGGAGAACCAGCGGCAGAUUGUGGAAUUCUGCAAGCAAGAAGGUCUUGUUUUGCUGGCAGAUGAGGUUUAUCAAGAAAAUGUUUAUGUACCUGAUAAGGAGUUUCAUUCAUUCAAGAAGGUAUCCCGGUCUAUGGGAUAUGGUGAAAAGGAUAUUUCUCUGGUAUCAUUUCAAUCAGUAUCUAAAGGGUACUACGGGGAGUGUGGAAAAAGAGGCGGUUACAUGGAAGUAACUGGUAUCAGUCCUGACGUAAGGGAACAAAUAUACAAAGUGGCGUCUGUGAAUCUUUGUUCUAACAUCUCUGGCCAAAUUCUUGCAAGCCUUGUCAUGAGUCCACCAAAGGUUGGAGAUGAAUCCUAUGAAUUGUAUUGUGCAGAGAAAGAUGGAAUCCUGUCAUCCCUAGCAAGGCGUGCAAAGACUUUAGAAGAUGCGUUGAACAACUUAGAGGGUGUGACAUGCAACAGAGCAGAAGGGGCAAUGUAUCUCUUUCCCUGCAUAAACCUGCCUCAAAAGGCAAUUAAAGCAGCAGAGGCAGCAAAUACAGCUCCAGAUGCAUUCUACUGUCGCCGCCUUCUCAAUGCCACAGGAAUCGUGGUUGUUCCUGGUUCCGGUUUUGGGCAGGUUCCUGGCACCUGGCAUUUUAGGUGCACAAUAUUGCCUCAAGAGGAUAAAAUUCCAGCCAUCGUCACCCGUCUGACAGACUUCCACAAGUCAUUCAUGGACGAGUUUUGCGACUAGAAAAUUCCCUGUUUGGUCUUUCAGGAUAAGCGAUGUAGUAGACAUUCAUUUAAAGGAGACGAACAUUUGUGUGAACCCCAUAUGAUCCUUUAUUUUUGUGGGGGAUAAACAUGUUUGGGUACAGUCGUACUUGAUGUGAUGAGAAUAAUAUCUUUUCUUACAAGGCUUUAGGUUUGAAUGGCAUCAAGUUGUGCAA